UCGUCUGAGGCUCGUGCUCCGCUCGGUGCGCAGUGAUGCUGCUCGCGCAGUGAUGCUCGCGCUCGGAUGCAGGGAGUCUGCGCGGAGGAGCUCGCGAUGAGACGGGACAAAGUCUCCUCGUCAUGGCCGAGUCCUGCAGAACUCAGGAGGAUGCGAGGGCCGCGUUCCAGACCUGUAAGAGUCCUGAUGCAAAAGAUCGAGUUCAAUUCUACGACAGCUGGGCAGAAAACUAUGAGAAGGACCACAGCCUGAUGAGCUACAGAGCUCCUCACCUGGGGAUCGACUUCCUGCUGGAUAACUUCUCGGGGAGCCGUGGAGCCGCUCGGGUUCUGGACGUGGCCUGCGGGUCGGGAUGGAUCGCUAAGCUGAUGGUUGAACUGGGCUUCAAGCACUUUGUGGGCGUGGACGGCAGUCAAGGCAUGUUGGAUCAAGCCGCUAAGACCGGCCUCUAUAAAGAGCUCAAACUGGCCUUACUGGGAACAGAGCCACUUCCUGCACAGACUGGUGCGUUUGAUGUGGUGAUCAUCGUGGGCGCUCUGGAUCCUGGUUUUGCACCAGUCAGCGUUGUCAGGGAGCUCUGCCACGCUGCCAAACCAGGUGGGUUGGUCUGCAUGUCGAGAGGCGACCACCGAGGAGCAGCAGGACUGGACUACAAGAAGGAUCUGGAGCGAGAGCUGCAGCUGAUGCAGGAGGAGGGCCUGUGGAGUCCAGUAGGACUCAAACACACGGACCGAUACAUGGAGGACCCACAUCUGAACACCCAGAGAGUCCAGGAGCUGCAGCAGGACCAGCGAUUCAUCAGUGGGACGGCGUAUCUGUACAAGAAAGCACUCAUUAAAAUCUGAUAUUAAUAAACAGAAAGUUUA